AUGGAACAGGGAACUCCGACGAAGCCUCCUCGAGGAGUCAAACAGUACAGGGAACCGAGUGGUUUGUUGAUGUCACUCAUACGAACGUUGUCCACGAGCGAAACAAACGAGCAAAGGGAAAAGGAAAAGAAUAAAUUGGAAAAGGAUCACGAAAGGAGUAACAAAAGGUUGGAGGAGUUGGUUUCGCAGCACAAUCAAGAAUUGACUCAAGUCAUGCAACUCUUUGUCAAAGUUUCUUCGCUCAUAACUUCCUCUAGGGAAAAAAUUAAAACCGUCAAAGACAAUCUUCAUCUUUGUAAAACUUUACUUAGGUGUCGGAGAAACGAACUUAAGAAAUUAUGGUUGGAGGGAAUAGAACACAAGCAUUCGUUGCAAUUGCUCGAAGGAAUAGAUCAGGUUAGAGAAGUGCCUUCACAGUUAGAAAUAUUUUUAUCUAAAAAACAAUACCUUAACGCAACUCAAUUACUCACCACGACAUUAUCUUUAGGAGAUGGUAAUUUAGCCGGAAUCGAAGCAUUGAGAGAAGUCAGAACGGAACUACAAACGAAAAAACAAAUUCUAUACGGGAAACUCAUGGAAGAAUUAAAACAUCAUUUAUACGUAAUUCCAUACAAUGAAUCGUCGUCAUUUAGGAGACAGGGAAGUGGUAAAGAAUGUUUUUCGCCAUUUCAACGAACGGGAGAUCUCAGGGGUUCGAAUAGGGGAUCAAGAGCGAGACGAAAACUAUUGGAUGCGUCAAUGAAGGCUGGAACCGUAGAACAAGAUCACGAAAAUCCCUCCGACGAACUCGACAGCAUGGACAGAGAAGAAAAAUUGGAACAUUUUUCCGGGAUAAUAUCGGAAUGUUUGGGAUUGUUACAAAAAUUGGGAGAAGCCGUCGAGACGAUAAAAUCUCAAAUGCACGGAGAAUUGAUGACGAUAGUUUCGAAUGCAACGAAAAACGUUUUGGAAUCGUCACAAUCCAUGAAUUCAUCGAAAAUGUUGCUAUUGAAUUUUUUAGAAAUAAUAUUCGAACAAUUUCGAAAAGUCGCAGACGGUCACAAAAUAGUUUUGAAAUAUUUUACAAAAACGGCGGAAAAAUACAGGUUGGACGUGAGACUGUACGAAAUGGCGGACGUUUGGAGCAAAAUACAAACCGUCCUCCAGGGACUCUUGACUGAUUAUUUAGAUGCCGACAACGUUUUGGGUGAUUCGAUAAAACCUUCCUCGUACUCGGAUCCGGCCGUCGUCGACAUAUCCAGUUAUUUUUCAAAGAAAAAAUCUCAGCGUCAGAAAAAAGUUCAUUUGUUCAAAUUCGAUUGCGUUUCUCAUUCCCUGACCGCGAAUUCGCAUUCGGAUGAUCAUUCGAAAGGACCUUACGGGGGGAAAAGCAAGCAACUCGUUUGUCCGAGAGACAUAAACAACGUUACCGUCAUAUACAUACCAUUGCGUCGUUUCAUAGACGAAAUCGAACAGUCCAUCGACAACAAUUCCGGGAGUCCCUGCAUGUUGAAUAAUUUUUUAUCGGAUUUCAUACGGGACAGGUUCAUGCACAAGCAUCAUUUCAAAGCGUCGUUGAAAAUAGAAAACAUAAGCAAAUCACACGACGCGUGGAAAGAAAUAACGGAUCCGGAUAUGACGAAGAAAAUGGGUUUGUCACGACCGGUUCUCAUGAACACCGUGACCGUUGAAAAAUGCAUGACGGAAUUAAAAGAAUUGAUGAAAAGUCUUCCAGCUUACGCGGAUAAAUUUUUAACAAUCAUUUGCAACGUUUUAAGGAGUUACCGUGAAAUAUGUCAGUCCGUUUACCGAGGGAUAGUACAACCGGAUUCGGAGGAUAAGAAAAUAUGGAGCGCGUCGUGGCUCAAAGAUGACGACAUGAGUCGAUUUUUAAAAUCUCUUCCAAAUUGGAUGGAACUUCAAACGCACAAACCGACUCACAGACGUGGUAAAAAUCUCAGGAGAGAAGAAACGACGGAAGAAGAAAGUCCAGAAGAUAUAAGGCAGAGAAACGUUAAAGAAGCGGAAAUACUCGCGAGCAACAUGGGCGAAUCCGGUAUCAAAGCUCACGAGAUAUUAUCGAACGUUAGUCAAUUAAAAAAACUCGCACAACUCAACGAAAGCAUGGAGUGGUUCGCGGGUCAAAUCCUACAAAUCAUAACGGAAGUGAAAGAAUUCAAUUCGGACGGAUCGGGUGACAGUUUCAAGAGUCACAUUUCGGACGUGACGAUACAGACUCUAUAUCAAUCCGUACACGAAUUCACGGAUUUGGCGGAUAUGUGUUUGUUGGUGUUGCACCUCGAGGUACGAGUUCAGUGUUUUCAUUAUUUACUCCCCAAAUCAGAGGGUUCGUCGAAAAAAUUCGAUUUCAUGUACGAGGAACCCGAUCCGAAAGUUCAAGAACUUUCCAAAGUGUUGAUAAACGUCGACGAGGCCAUGGUUUGCAGUCUUCAACCGCGGAAAACAAAAUACAUAUUCGAAGGAUUGGGAGAUUUGAUUGCCAAAAUAUUAAUAAGUUCUUGCCAGUACAUGGAUAAGAUCGAACAAAAUGGUAUUCAGAGAAUGUGUCGGAACAUGUUGACUCUCCAGCAAACUCUAACGAACAUCACGUCGUCGCGAGAAGUCGCUUUGGAUCACGCGAAACAAUUUUUCGAAUUGUUUUACAAGACUCCCGACGAAAUACUCACGACCGUUUUGGAAAAGGGCCCACAAUUCACGGACAUGGAAUACAUAAACGCGUUGCAAUUGAUCAACAGGACUCAUCCGAACGCGUAUGGAAACAUGAGCAGGUAUUUGCAAAGGUUAUCGGAUAUACUGGGCGAAAUCGGCGUGACGGUUUAA